AAAUAUAAAAAAAAAACAUUAUGUCUGCCAUGGUUUUGCCGAGGUUUAUUGUUACUAUUAUCACUUUAUAUUUUUCUCAAUGUACAGGACAGCUUACACUAGGUCCCGCGGAAGUGAGAGAAGGAGAGGCGUUAGUACUGACGUGCAAAUCAACAGAACCUGGGGGGACAUAUAGAUUCUAUUCUUCAAAUCAAGGAAGCAAAGAAACAUAUGGCAUUGGCACAGGGAGUUUACGAAUUUGUCGGUCUGAACCUCUACAAGGAUACAUAUUGGAAUGUGAUUUUGACAACUGGAUAUUCAAUUUGACAAUUUCACUGCCUGUUCACAACCAGGUCAUCUUCUGUGAAAGAAAUAUGGGUCGAGGUCAACUCAUGAGCAUCAAUGUAACUAUUUUUGUGCAAGUACCUGUCAAAAGAAUCACGCUUUCUACACCACGUAAAAUAGAUGUUGUGUCAGGGAAUAUCUUUACAUUCACGUGUAAAACCUUUGGUUCCAGGCCUGUGGCAGACAUUUUGUGGCACUUUAAUUCUACGACUUUUUCUUGGAAUAAUUCAGUGGUAUCACAUAAUGAUAAAAAAUUUGACGUUACCAGCACGUUAACAUUAACAUUUACAAGGAAAGAUCAAGGCAAAGUUGUAUAUUGCAGUUCAAACAUAGUGGGAGAGUUACCGUUGCAAUCAACUAAAACUUUUCUGAAUGUUCUUUUUGAAGACAGUGGUAGAUAUUCUUGUACAAUCAGUAACUCUGCUGGGAGCUCUAGUGGCUUUAUCAAUGUUAAUGUGCAAAAAAAACCCUUUCCCCCGCCAGUUAUACAGGUUGUGUGUAAAACAAACUUUGCCUUUAUUUCAUUGACGUCAUCGUUUCUCGGUAUUGAAGGGAAGCAGACUUUGCAAUACAGCAAGAUUGAUGACGUUUAUGAAAAUGCAACUGUUGAGGUGUUGAAUAAAACCCAACCUGAAAUUAAUAUCUACAAAGUUUUGAAUUUGUCACCUGGAACAGAAUACACAUUUAGAAUCCUGGUUUCUAAUGUUUAUGGUAUCACUUCCUCAAAAAGACAUAAGUGCUCAACAGACAUAGAUGCACAAACAGAAAGAAUGAAAAACUGUGAAAUGGAGUCGAUCAUAGGAGGCACCCUUGGGGGCAUUGUUUUUAUAAUUAUUCUGCUUGUUGGUGUUACUGCGCUGUAUAAAUCCAGGAAGCAAAGGAUUGAUAAAGGCAAAAGUGUUACAACUAACAGAAAGCAGGAUGUCAGUUAUGUUGAUCAAGUUUUACCCAGUAGUGACCAUAGUUAUCAAGGAUUUUCUACCAGUAUCAGCAAAGAAACGAUGAACACAAAUACUUAUGAAAAGAUGGAAGAAUGCCACGAGAGAGAAAAAGGAUCUGAAUAUAUGGAAUUAACACACCCAUGUAAACGAGAAGAAGACGAGAUGAGCAAAACAGUAGAUACGGGUGGAAUGUACUCUGACAUGAAGUAG